CUGGGAAAUCCGGUCAUGACUAUCACGUCGCCCAGGGAGAUGGAAACAACAAAGUUUUGUCUCUUUUGAAAUAAUCAUAUCAAUCGACUAUCGUGCCCCGUGCAGACAACAUCAUGUUUAUUAGAGCAUUGGUUUCCUUGGUGAUGGUUUCUUUGGUUACGGGCCAAUUGACAGCGGGUGACACAUGCUUCCAUGAACGUCUGCAGAAAUCCGGAGUCUGCAUGUUACCGGAACAAUGUCUUGACGCGCUCGAGGAUUUGAUGCAGGCGAAGAGACCACAACUCUGCAGCUACGGCAUCAACUCGCCAAUCGUGUGCUGUCCGAUCCCAAAGAAGGAUGCAAUCGGAGAUAAAAGCGCUAACAAAUGCGCGGAUUACGCGAAAUUGGUCUACAUCACAUACGAAACGCCGCUUCUUUCCAUAUCGAAUCGAAACUUGACACGCGACGAGUGCGGCAUUAAGAGUAAUCCGUUGAUGGUUAGAGGGAACGAUGCUUUCGUAAAGGAACUGCCGCACAUGGUAGCUAUUGGUUACGAGGAUGCUGUUGGCAGGAAAGUUUUUGAAUGCAGCGGCAGCUUGAUCAGCGAUCAAUUCGUGCUCACCGCCGCCCACUGUCUACACACCAGACAAUUUGGGGAUGCAAAGUAUGCUCGAUUCGGUGAUCUGGACUUGAAAGACACCAACGACGGUGCUUAUCCGCAAGAGUACCGAGUGGAGGAGAGGAUCGCUCAUCCGGAUUACAAGAGUCCGUCGCGUUACCACGACUUGGCUCUGCUGAAGCUGGAGCGUGCGGUCCUCUUCAACGCGUACGUUAGACCCAUCUGCUUGAACUCGAGACGCGUUAUAGAAUCUGAGAAGGCGAUCUUCUCCGGCUGGGGCAUCGGUUACGGCAACGAGAAGAAUCGUCUCCGUAGGUUCACCACCUCGCUGAUGAGCACCGAGGAUUGCCAGAAACGGUACCCGGACACCAGGAAGCUCUACAGGAGCGGCAUCACCGACGAUUGGCAGUUCUGCGCCACCUCCAGGUCCGAUCAAACCGGUCUCUGCAACGCUCAUGCCGGAGGACCGCUCCAGGUGCACAACGAGGAGCAAUACUGCAUGUACUCUUUGAUCGGGGUCACGUCCUUAGGCAAUAUCUGCGGUUCCGCCAAUCUUCCGGGAGUUUACACCAGGGUCUCACAUUAUCUGGACUGGAUCGAAAAGACUGUGUGGCCGUGACGUCAAUUGCAAACGUGCAUUAAAAAAUAA